CGGGAAGCGCCUUCCUCUCAGCCGGUCUGUUUUGAAAGAGUUGGUGCGGCGCUUGUGGCGGAGCUCGUCGGAAAUGCGCCUCCCGUGCGACGUGGUGGUGGUGAGUCGCCUGCUGCCCUCAGCGGGGAUACGCGCCCCGGGACGCGCUGCCAGGGCUCUGCUCGCCCUGGGGAAGCCAACCGGAGGAGACGGAGACAUCUGCCUUCUGGUCAGCACUGCCCGCCACCGCCCUGGAGCCAAAUACCAGUUGAAAGAAAACAUAGAUCAGCUUUUUACCAAGUUCGUGGAUGAAGGAAAAGCCACCGUACGGCUAAAAGAACCAGCUGUGGAUAUUUGUCUUAGCAAGGCAAAUGUCAGUGAGCUGAGGACUUUCCUUUAUGCAGUGAAAUUGGCUCAUCGAGGCAUCAAAGAGGAAACUUUACCACUUUCUAAGCUGGUGUCACCAAAGGCCUCUGAAGUUGAAAAACCAAAAACCAAGAUGAGCAUAACAUCAAAGAAGGAUUAUCCUUUAACUCGAAAUUUCCCAUACUCUCUGGAGUAUCUCCAAGCGUCCUAUUGCAAAUUAGCUCGUAUAGAUAUGCGUAUGCUUUGCCUGAGAAGCCUUCGGAAACUGGACUUGAGCCACAAUAGUAUUAAACAGCUGCCAGCAACUAUUGGGGACCUUGUUUGCCUCCAGGAGCUCAACCUACAGGACAAUCACUUGGAGUCAUUCAAUGUGGCUCUAUGCAACUCCACUCUCAAAAAAUCACUUCAGUCUCUAGAUCUCAGCCAGAAUAAAAUCAAAGCGCUGCCUGCACAGUUUUGCUACUUGCAGAAACUCAUACAAUUGAAGUUAGAUGAUAAUAAUUUGAUUAGAUUGCCAUUCAAGAUUGGUCAACUGUCGCAUCUCCGCUUCUUAUCUGUGGCUCGUAAUAAACUCCCAUUUUUGCCCAGUGAGUUUGCUAAACUCUCACUUGAGAGCCUGGAUUUAUUUGGCAAUCCUUUUGAGCAGCCGAAGCCACUUGUUCCUGAUAUCCACUUAAAAAUACCAUUGACUUUACUAGAAUAUUCUGCAAGGGCAACCAUCAAUUACAG